GUUCAGGUUUGUGUGAAACAGGGCCGCCUGCUUCCGGAUUGGGAUGUAUCUUUGUCGCACCAAACAAAUCACAAAUCCACCCGGCGGAACGGCCCCAGAGAGAGGAAUCGAUGCAUCGCCGCCUCUCCGUCCCGAAAGGCGACACGCAGCGACAGGGGCCUCCUUCAGACUCUCCGGAAACAAUUCGUGGCCCAGCGGCCCAAUCAUUGUGAGCCCGAAGCAGCACCCACUCGCACCCGGUUCAGUCCCGGGCUUGGAGCCGUAAAUCGCCAAGUUCUACAAGUUGGAAUGCUGUCGUCACGCCUCAUUGGAUCUGCCCUGUUUACGGGCCCCACGUCUUUAUAUAUUCUCACUCCUCUGCCUCGGGUCUGUCUUAUCAGCACUUCCUGGUCAACACCUGCCGCAUACCCCAUACGCUCCGUACGCUCCAUACACUCCGGCUGUCAACCCUGCAGAAAGUGGAUUGCCCACAAGCCCCCAUCGUCAAGCUCGUCCCAGCUCCCGUGUUCCCUGUCGACGCUCAGCCCAAACCUAAGCCAACACGACGGCCGCGAAAAGCACUUAAGAACCAUGAACGACCCCGUUGCCAGAACCGCUUCUCCCUACACUGAUCCAUCCGUCAAAGGCCCUCGCAGCCAUCUUCUCUCUUCCCAACGUCCCUCGACCAAACCAUCCGACAUGCUCGUCAACACAGUAAACAAGACCGGCCUCCAUCCCGGCGGUGUCGUUCCUCACCACGAGCACACCGAGCUCGAGGAGGAGCUCCACGAGAAGGCUCACAUCGACUACAACCGUGUUGCCAUCAUCGCCAACCCAUCAGUGGCCGCCCUCUACGAGGAUGCUUUGGUCUACGAGACCGGCACUGCCAUCACCUCCAGCGGUGCUCUUACCGCCUACUCCGGCAAGAAGACUGGCCGCUCUCCAUCAGACAAGCGUGUCGUCAAGGAGCCAUCUUCCGAGAACGAAAUCUGGUGGGGCCCUGUCAACAAGCCCAUGACUCCUGAGGUCUGGAAGAUCAACCGUGAGCGUGCCAUCGACUACCUGAACACCAGAAAUCGCAUCUACGUCGUUGACGGCUAUGCCGGCUGGGACGAGAAGUACCGCAUCAAGGUCCGCGUUGUCUGCGCCCGCGCCUACCAUGCCCUCUUCAUGCGCAACAUGCUCAUCCGCCCCUCGCGCGAGGAGCUCGAGCACUUCCACCCCGACUACACCAUCUACAAUGCCGGUUCCUUCCCCGCCAACCGCUACACUGAGGGUAUGACCUCGGGCACCUCGGUCGCCAUCAACUUUGCCGAGAAGGAGAUGGUCAUCCUCGGUACCGAGUACGCGGGCGAAAUGAAGAAGGGUGUCUUCACCGUCAUGUUCUAUGAGGGCCCCGUCAAGCACAACAUCCUGACCCUCCACUCCUCGGCCAACGAGGGCAAGGACGGCGACGUCACCCUCUUCUUCGGUCUCUCCGGCACCGGCAAGACCACCCUCUCUGCCGACCCCAACCGCGCCCUCAUCGGUGACGACGAGCACGUCUGGUCCGACACCGGUGUCUUCAACAUCGAGGGCGGCUGCUACGCCAAGACAGUCGGUCUGUCGGCCGAGAAGGAGCCGGAUAUCUACAACGCCAUCAAGUACGGCUCCGUCCUCGAGAACGUCAUCUUUGACCCCGAGACCAGGAUCGUUGACUACGACGACGUCACCCUGACCGAGAACACGCGCUGCGCCUACCCGAUCGAGUACAUCAACAACGCCAAGAUCCCCUGCCUGUCCAACAACCACCCCAAGAACAUCAUCCUCCUGACCUGCGACGCCCGCGGCGUCCUCCCGCCCAUCUCCAAGCUCAACUCGGCCCAGACAAUGUUCCACUUCAUUUCCGGUUACACCUCCAAGAUGGCCGGCACCGAAGACGGCAUCCUCGAGCCCCAGGCGACUUUCUCGUCUUGCUUCGCCCAGCCCUUCCUCGCUCUGCAUCCCAUGCGCUACGCAAAGAUGCUCGCGCAAAAGAUCGAGGCCCACGGCGCCAACGCCUGGCUGCUCAACACCGGCUGGGUGGGCGCCGGUUUCUCCCAGGGCGGCAAGCGCUGCCCGCUCAAGUACACGCGCGCCAUCCUCGACGCGAUUCACUCUGGCGAGCUGGCCAAGGUGGAGUAUGAGAACUAUGGUGUUUUCAACCUGCAGGUUCCCAAGACUUGCCCCGGCGUGCCGGACGAGCUGUUGAAUCCUCAGAAUGCCUGGACUGCGGGGGCCGACAGCUUCAAGGCUGAGGUUACCAAGCUUGGUGGGCUUUUCUUGGAGAAUUUCAAAAAGUAUGAGAGCGAGGCUACGGAUGAUGUGAGGGCUGCUGCGCCGGUUGUUUAA